UCUGGAGGUGAGUCUGAAACGUCAUUGAGUUGCCUCGUCAAAAUAUUUGUCGUCGAACGAAACUGUUUUCCACAAUUUUUCUUGUCGUGAGUAAAAAAGACGUAAAAUCAGAAGCGAAAAAAUGUUGCGCACCGUCUCAGGUCGUUUGAUGAACGUCGUUCGUGGAUCCAUGAACUUGUCGGCAACCCGUUUGGCUGCCAUCGGAUCAGUUCGUUACAGCCAUGGACCCGUUGAGUCAGAUGAGGCUUUUGAUGCCCGCUACGAAGCCUACUUCAAUCGCCCCGAUAUCGAUGGAUGGGCAAUCCGUCAAGCCAUGAACGAUUUGCUCGGCAUGGAUCUUGUACCUGAACCCAAAAUCAUUUGUGCCGCAUUGAGAGCUUGUCGUCGCAACAAUGACUAUGCAUUGGCUACCAGAUGGAUGGAAGGCGUUAAGGACAAAUGCGGCGGUCAUGAAAAUGUCUACAAGUACAUUUUGCAAGAGAUCCGACCAACCUUGGAUGAACUCGGUGUGUUGACUGUCGAGGAAAUUGGCUACGAUAAACCACAAUUAGGAUUGAAAACAGUUUUCGAGUAAAGAAUUCAGUCAAAAAUAACCUCUGUUCUAUCAUAAAAAAUGUAAUAGCGAAAAAAUAAAUUCCAAAUAAAAGCAGAAAAAUUA